GGUCGAUCCUCAUGGACUUCACGCCCUCGGGUCAGAGAGGUCGCUGGAACGCCGUGGAGAGCUUGACUUCGAUGACAUGGAGUGGCAGCGCAUUCUUCGGGGGGCUCCUCUCGGACAAGAGGGACUACCGGUACACGUUCCUCAUCACGGCGUUCGUGUACGCGACGGCGUGCGCGAUGUACGCACCUCUGCUGGCCCUGGUGCCGCGCAGGGAGGAGGAGGCCGCGGCGGCCGCCGCGGGCAGCGAGUGCGGCCGCGGCGCGGCGGAAGCGGUCGAGGUGACCGAGGGUGGAGCCACGCGGGAGGCCCCGCUCCUCUCCUCGUGAGGGCUGCGCCCGAGGGCUCCGGCCUCCCCCUCUGGGGAAGGUGGAGGGUUCGGGCAGGCAGGGCCACGCGCGCGAUGGUUCUAUAUAUAAUAUCGUCGCAUGCAUGCAUGCAUUGUUGUGUCUGCUCAAUGCAUUGAGGGAUCUCACAUAGAAGAUAUCCUCGACACGCGAAGCAGUUGUACAGAGCUUGCUUGCUUCUGGAAGGGGGCACCUGCCACAUCUAUCCGCGCGGGCAUGCAGUUUAGUCUGCUCGGCCCCCCUCUGUCUCGGCACGCUCUUCCCUCCCCUGGCAUGGCGCAGGGCGCCCGUGCAGCGCGGCCCGCGCCACCCCGGCAACACCCGCCAUCCUGCGGGGCAGGCCAGUGCUCAGCCGGGCGGUUCCGUCGCCCCUGGCGCGGCUGUGGAGCGGCUCGGCCCCGCGGCCCGCCCCCUCCUCCACAACCAAAAUUAUCCGG